UCAAUUAAAUGGGCAGUGUUAAUGUUACCUGAUUUUCAAUUUCAAACAUUUCCUCAGUUUUCGAUCUGUCCGCCAAUCCUUUCUUCCUCUGCAAUCUCUCUCAUCAUAAAACCAAUUUGCCAGUCUUCUCAGCUAUGUAUAUGUAGUAGCAACGCUCAACUCCACCACACCUAAUUCAAAUAUUCACUUCCACGCUAAAGCUACACUCCAAAUACCUAACAAACAUGGCGACCUCGGCCUUCAAAUCAACCACCAAGCGAGCUUCAAUCGGCGCCGCCUCCGCUUCCGAGGAUUCCGCCCACCGCUCUCUCCGCCGCUCCCGCAGCCUCGCGCCGGACCCGGACUACCUCAAAAACGUGCCCAGGGGGAAAUUCGUCAACACCACCAGGGGCACCACCACCGCGCCGUUCCCCGAGAUCAGCUUGGACGAUCUCGCGCUCGACUUCUUCUCCUCCUCGUCCAAGACUGAGAGCGACGGAGGAGCGGCGGAGCGGGAGGGGCGCUCGGCCUCGCGAUUUGGGGAGAUUGGGCGGUGGGCGAGCGAUACGGCGUCGUCGAGGAGAAGGGGGAGGUCUGUGUCGAGGGGCCGAGGCGACGCUGUUUCGAUUAGCUCCGCCGCGUCGGGGCCUAAAAUUGCUUCCUCGUCCGACGGGAGCUCGCGUCGGCGGAGGUCUGUAUCGGUGGCUAGGAAUCGUGCUCCUGCAACGGAUAAGGACGAUGCGGGAACGCGGCGGCGGAGGUCGUUAUCGGUGGCGAGGGGUAGUGGGAAGGCUGUUCCUACUGGGGAAAAGGAUUCCGAUGCGGGGAUGCGGCGGCGGAGGUCGUUGUCGGUGGCGAGGUAUCAGAUUAGCGACUCCGAGAGUGAUUCAAGCAAUCGUGCUACUAUGAUAGCUCCUAAUGGUGGGAAUGCUCGUUUACCGCUGGCAUCGAAAACCACGUCUUCAAGCUACCACCGGCUAGGAAGAUCUAGAAGUCAGAUAGACCUAUCUCUGAUGCAUGACGGUUACUCUAGCCAGUCUUCUGCCUUAACUGAUGAUGAAUCAAAGGAUACUCAUUUUGGGAGAAAUGGAUUUGAGAAGAUAAUCCGAGCAGUUCAUGCUCCGAAGAAGGCUGACCAUCCAUCUGAGGAAGUUGCAAAUGGUGAAUUAUAUGAAGCAAUGCGGAAAGAACUAAGAUAUGCUGUUCAAGAAAUCAGAACCGAACUAAAUCAAGAAAUGGGAAGAAACCAGACAGCUGUAGUUAGUAAUGACUGCUCGCUAUCUGGACAUUCCAAGACUCUUCAGGAUUCCUUCACUAUCAGAGAGAAAUAUGCUCACAAAUUGGAGCAGUUGGAAAAGCGGAAAAAGAAUCUUCUUACUGAAAUGUUGCUUGAGGAGCAAUGUGGUAGAGAGGUCUCCGAAACUUAUGAGGAACUUCCUAAUUCAAGAGCUUCAGCUGUGACAGAGAAGCCGCCACAAGCCAGAAAGAGAAGCAGUGAUAGAAGUAGAAUGUCAGACAGACUGAUUGAGGAUGCAGAAAGGUACUUUGAGGACUUCAUCUCCAAUAUUGAAGAUACGGAUUUAUCAUCAUUUGAUGGGGAAAGAAGUGAUGGAAGCUCCACUUUAGGAGGUAUGGUGAAGGGAAGAGAAUUUAGAAUGGGAGAGGCCGAAACUUGUAGGACACCAGCAGGAUCUACUUCUCGCCCUGGUGAAAUGGAUGGUGUUAUUUUGCCCUGGUUGCAGUGGGAGACGAGCCAUGAUGGUUCACCCGGUGGGAAGACCAAGGUACAAACUCCUAUGACUCAACAAGCUGUACAGAGGGACUCCGAAAAGGACUCAGGCCAAUUGCAGGAUGCAAGUACGUAUUCCGUGAGCAGUCAUGGUAGUUGGAGCCCAGGCCUUGUUCAUAGUUCUCCAAUGGAUAAAAGAGAAGAGGUAUAUCCAACAAAAACUGGCAAUAUUUGUGUGUCCAAAUUUGACAUGGAUGAGUACCUUAAUCUUCAGAAUAAUGAGGAAAUAUUGUUUGAAAUGUAUAGAGAGCGGAACAGAAUUGGUCUGGGUGGUUUAUUGCUGUGUACUGGGGUACCUUAAUUAAUUAUUUCUGUACCCAAAUAGCCUCACAGGAAUUUGGAUUCUGAAUACAUUUCUUUCACAAUUUAUUUCGUAAAUGGUUAGUACAAAAUUUGUUACUA